AUGGGCGUCGAUACGCGCAGACCGAUCUUGCCCGCUCCCACUGAAUCCAUUGUCGACACCGCCACUGGCGACAGUACAACAGGCACUGAUUUGGCAACUGACGUAUCUCGACGCACAGACAAGACGUCGUACUCGAUUCCAGACGACGGGAGUCCCGUUACUAUCCCCACCCACCGCAAACACCGGGCCCGCGGGGACGAUUCCAAACUGUCCCGCUCGUCACACCACUCCCAGACCUCCCUGCUCAUCGAGUACUUCGAGGGCGGGAAGGGUUCUGGCUCCCUGGUCUCCCGGCCUAGUGUCCGAGUCCGAGUGACUCCUUCGUCGGCCCGAAAGUUGAAAGAUCAGCAGGACCACGUCCAGAUCACCGAAUCCAGCAGCGGCCGGAAACCCGCCUACUCGCGCCGCAUCUCCCUCAGCUCACCGUCCAAGCACAAGUCGCAGAAGGAGUACGCCGUUGAUGAGUACAGUGUGAGCUCCAACUCAGCGACCGAUGACCAGCAUCCCCCGGGUCGUUCCCCCGUCGAGAUCGAGCUCGUGAAUCGUGACCAGGCCAGCGAGCUUUCCAGUGUCUCUCGCGACAGGUAUAUCCACCCCACCUCGGAUAUCUCGUCGAUGCCCGCGGAUAGCAUGCUAGAGGCCCCAUCUUCUGGUCCACGGCGGAAACGUAGUCAGAGCUUAGAGCGAGAGCGGAACCCCGACGCCAAGGUAUAUCUGAAAACCCCGACUCGGCAGAGAAGUCGCAGCUUGAGCACUGAGCGUAUCGCACAGCGGGUUGCAGAGAAACUCAGCAACGACCCGCGUGAGCCCUCCACCAGCAAAGGCCACCGGGCGCAAAGCAGCCGAGACAUCGACGAUUUCCAGGAGACAGAUCCCAAGUCCCCUCGACGCCGGCUGGCUGCAUAUCGCGGCGACGACGACACCAUGAGUCCCGAAUCUAGCCUUCUGAGCGCCUCGGCGCUGUCCUCACAUCGUCGAUCCGGCGACCAGUACUCCUUCAAGUCUGGCACUUCCAAAUCGUCCAUUAACAACCCCAAGCUCCUCGAGACUGUCGAGGAUGCGAUUCGGAGGUUGAUCCUGCCGGAGCUGAAAGAGCUUAAAAAAGAUCAGAAGGUGAUGUCCAAUACCUCCAAGUUCGAACGUGACAUGGGCUCAUCGUACUCACCUGCGAGCUCUCCAUCUCGGGAUGAAUUGGGCAGGCGGCUGUCGAAACAUGCCAGUGCCCCGGACGUCAGGAAACCAAAGGUUGUCCUUAAUAAGGAUAGCCAAGACGAAGGUAUUGUCCUUUCGGGUGAGUCGGCUCCGUCACAGAAGGAGCGCAGGGCCAGUAAAGACAGCGAAAUGACAUCCGAUGCAAGCUACGUCAAAUGGGGGCUUCGUCCGGAGCUGACUGAACAGGAAAAACUGCGGCGUCAGAGGAGCAAGGGAUUGCGAGACGCCGAAAAGGCUGGCCGAGUGGGAAACGCCUUGACGGCGGCCGCCCUCAAGCACCACGACUCCCGAUCUAGUAUCGACAAGAAUGAAUUUCGGAGGCCGAGUGGCACCCGGAGUCGCACCGGGAGUGUCAAUGAAACGGAGCUGGUUUUCCAAAAACACAACGUGGCGCCCAUGCCGCUACGCAGCGCGAUUGAAUCUGAAAUGACGCGAGUUUCGUUGCUCUCCGAACAGACAGUGGAACCCACAACACCUCACAAAGAAUAUGUAGACCAGGACUAUAUGCAGACUGUUUCUCCCACUGCCCAGACCCCGGUCCGUACUUCCUUGGACUCGCGGUAUGAGCUCAAGCACAGCAACCUAUCCAGUCAUGAUCUGUCGAUCCACAGCGCGUCGGAAAACGGCGACCACGAACAGGGUUAUUCCCCAGUAGGGGAUGCCGCUGCUGGAGCCAUUGCCGCUGCGGCUGCGGCGAACCUAUUAGACGUCCAUUCCGGGCGCCGUGCUCCUGAUUUUAACGAUCGUCGACGAACCCUCAGUCCGAUCCAGAGCGUUGCGAGCAAUCAGAGUGAGUCUCACAUCCAGCUAGACUCCACUCACCAUAACGGCCAGGCCGACUCGGUCGACGAAAGAGGAUUAGAACAGCGUUUGUCGAUCGACUCCCUUUCAUCCGCUCCAAGCACUAAUCUUGCGAGGUCGACACGACUAGAAGGCAUUAGCAUUGCCAGUCAGAGCGAGCUUUUCCAUCGACGCUAUGAUGGCCCCGAACUCGGCUACGAGGAAUCCCCGGUGAUGUCUCCGGGCGGCAACAGGCAGUGGCCGGAAGAAUACGAGGGAGAUAACGACGAUGCGUACCAGCAUUCAAUAGCGGAGACUACCAGUACCACUGCCAAAAGAAUGACGGGUUAUACAGAUGACAGCCAAGUCGAUUUCAUGGACAAGGUCAAGCAAGGAAAGCCCGUUGCAGGCCUCGGUGCCAACCCUCAGUUCGUUCAUCCACUCGCUGUAGAGUCCGCUGUGGCCUCUCUACUUGAGCCUUCGGUCCUAGACACGAAGUCCAACCAGUCUGGAGUAAACCACUCGCAGACGAACCUCUCACGGCAAAUUGAGAACCCAAGCCCCAAGGCCAAGGAGAGAACAGUCCAGUCGCCUCGUGGGUCCCGUCAAGGAAGCCCACUAAAACAGCGCCAGGAUGCCUCCAGUCCGGAUACUACUUCUUUCCCCAGGCGUAUGGGAGCAACGUCUCCCCCGCAAAGCGUAACGCAGUCCCUAGACGACCAGACGGUGCCGACACAUAGACCCGCCGAGGAGGACUACCAGCAUGAGAGUGCCAGCCCUGAAGUCGACCGGAGCCCUGAAUCUGAGUCUGAGAUCAACACCAAUCCAUCCAUCAUCCAAGGGCCGAUCGGAGGAGUUCCCCAUGAGAGUAGCUGGGCGUACGAUCAGACACCAUCCAGAGGCGGGCAAUCACCUCUUUUUGGCGAUACGGGUGCUGCUGCUGGCAACGCCGGCCUAGGCUUGGAGCAACAGCCUACCUACAACCAAGACUAUUACAUGAAAGAUUAUGGCCCUGAUGGCUACAUUGAUCAGCAGUAUGCGAGAGGACAUAUGCUCGACACGCCGCCGGGCGCUAAAGACGAAGGCUAUGUAUCAGCUGCUAACCCUCUCUCCCCGAGUGUGGACACCCCAGAGCCUAAAGGAUUUGGCGGAACCGACGCCAAUGGCAUGGGUCUUUUUGAUAGCCCUAUCGGUGCGGAUGAUGAUUUCAAUCCUUCUCACCAGCGCCAACUUAGCGGCUACUCCCAUGGAGUCGGUUCGCCCUUAUAUGAUAGUGCAACUGGUCGAGGCAUCGAGCGGAUCCAGUCCAAAGAUAUUGUCGCCCUCAUGGAUCAUCUUACUGUUCGUGAUGCCCAACGAAAUGCUCGAGACACGGAGAUCCUAGUGACACUGGUUCGAAGUGCAGCCGAAAUGCGGAAUUCAUUUGAAGAAAUGAAGAAGUUCAUUGCCCAGCAGGAUGAGAUGCUCAUGGAGUCUAGCGACCGACAGCAUGAGCGCACGCACAAGGCCCUGGGAGGGCCUCGUCCACUACCAGCCAGCGGAGCCCGCGGUAAUCGUCACGCCACAACAGAUGAAGAAGAUCUGCGCUCAAAGCGGAAGAAUGUUUUUAAGCGCGCACUGAAGGGCCUCAGCCUUAAGUCCUCUAACGAUUUGUCCAAAAUUGAGGAGAUGCUGGAACAGCUGCUCGAGGAGAUGGAAACCCUGCGCGCUAACCAAGAUGACCGGUACGUCCGCAGCAGCAAUCGGGCUGCCAGCGUGGACCCCGAUGGCUACGAACCCGAGGGCCAAGCGGGGACUUCUUCUGAGAACCAUUCCGGAUAUCUCUCGACCUUUGCCCGUCCGGUACAAGAACCACGAGGCAAUGGCCUGAGGAGGGAGCCGGGACAGCGUGUCAGCACUGUUCCAGAGGCCGAUGAGGAAUUGGAUGACCAUGAGCGCGGUGAAUUUUUGAGCCCGCAUCUGCACUUGAUGGAGAAUUCGAAUAAUCGACAGGAAAGAGGCGGGUCUGCACCUGUCUCAACGCCUCCCCGGGUUCCAGUGGCUUCCGGCGCCUUGAGCAACGAGACCACUCCGAAGACAAGCGAGAAAGCACGAAAGCACAAAUCAAGCAGCUCUUCAUUCUUCCCCAAGAUCUCCCGCUGGUCUAAGACCACGGCAUCGUCUGUGGGAGACAACAUCCGAAACAGUAUGCAGCCCCCACGCAGAGAUCGUGCGUCUUUUGAUGCGUCACGCUCAGGAUCCGACGUCGCCAAUGGGCCGUACAGGACCGGUGACUACUACGACCCCCAAGGUGAUGACCGACUGCGGUCGAACUACACCCUGGACGAUCAGCGACAAGAGAGUCGCCCGCCAUCGCCCUUGGUACCGUCCCAAGUCUCCGAGGCACCGAAAUAUCGGGCCCAUCGAGACAGCCUUGAUCUUCAACACCCUCAACCGCGCCAGGGCCCUACCGGGCGAUUUCAAUCUCACCUCGAAUCGCAGGCACAGACCUACGGCAUGCCGGCGCCAGCAGAACAGUGGGGCUCCAAUCCCAGCCUGCCGGGUACCAAUCCCAAUCGACGAUAUAGCGGCGGUGGUCAUCUAUCUCCCAUUUCCGACGCUGGAUACUCGGAGAGCAGCUCUCGCACUGCAGGUCCUCCACGGCCUCCGAAGGUUAAGGACGAAGGUCCACUGGUCCCCGAACGGCCCCCUAAAUCCAAGGGGGAUGAGAGAUCGUAUGCGGAUCGCGUUGCUUCUCGGAGCUCUGCGAUGCGCUCAUCCCCACGCAACACACCACCUCCCCGUAAACCGACAGGACCACGUCCUCUGACUUCGGGCGGUCCAAACAGCCCUGGACGGCAAAAGAAAAGUUACUACCGGGCAAGUCCGGACCAGUGUUACCCAAACGAGGAAAUUCUCAGGGCAGAUUUCAAGCAAAAGUUGGGGCCUACUAAGCAACUAACUGAUGCCACCGCACCCUCCGGCCCAAAUGGAUUCUUCUUCAAACUUAUGCCGGUCGAGAGGCAUCCCAUUAAUCACCGCGUUGCUAGCCCAGAGCUGGACCUCAGCUACAAGGAUUUUGUCCCGAAUGCCGGCCCGAAAACAGCGCUAGAACGAAUGGCAAUAGACCCCUACCAGUGUGCUCUGGAGGUCCUCGAUUACCUCGAUCAGUUGUACUUUCAUGCGCCCAGAAAGGGCACAAUCCUGAAUGACUGCCAGCUACGAGAAUUCUUUUGGUCCAAAGUCGGACUCGUGUUCCACAAUCACAUCCAGAGGCAGGCUGAAUGGUCGACGAACGGGGUCCAUGAAUCGACGUCAUAUUUUGAACAGUACUUCAAUGACCAGACCAGCGUGAUGUCGGGGAAGGUUCCCGUGGCUAGGGAUUCCCUUACGCCGUUGGGUUUUCUGUAUGAGGCGGGCUCGUUGGUGGAGAUUGAUCGUAAUGUCCUGGCACAAACACCGAUUCCACGAGUCUCGCUAGUCUUCAGCCCGACGGAUCCCAAUUCCUAUUACACGGUGUCGAGGGCCUGGAGCAAUGUCCCCAAUAGUAUGAACAACGCCCGAUGGGCCAUUCUAGACAAUGACAAUGAUAUUGGCGAGAAGGACCUGUAG